GUCGAGAAAAUAAUGUCCGCCUGAAAAGUAUGGCGUGCGCGCGCUUCUGAAAUAAUAACUCGGAACUGAAAAUAAAAUAACCUUGCUAGAGGUUUACUUACUGAAUUGUGCUCAAUCUUUCUUGGCAAAUGUGGUGUGAUAGUUUUUCUGACCGGCGACUUCAGGCGACCCCCCCGAGCCAGUUCCCCCUUUCGAACCAUGCGGGUGCUGGUGCUGUGCGCGCUGGCGGCGGCCGCCCUGGCCGCGCCCCCCGGCAAGCCCAACAUCGGCUGGGGCGAGCGGACCUUCGCCAUCGUCGAGGUCAACCAGGCGGCCACAGCCUACAACCAGCUCGUCACCAGGCGGGACGCCGCGGACGUUCCCGUCAACUGGAACACGUGGACCGGGGACCCGGCCGACAGAGCCCGCGUGCUCCUCGACGGCAAGGAGGUGUGGACCGGCCCGGGCUCCGCCACCAGCGCCACCUUCAAGGUGAAGAAGGGCGGCCGGUACCGGAUGAGCGUGGAGCUGUGCAAUAAGGACGGCUGCAGCACCUGCGAGCCCGUCGAAAUCGUGGUCGCCGACACCGACGGCAGCCACCUCCCGCCGCUCGACUACAGCCUCCUCGAACGGAACAAGCCCUUCAAGCAGACGUCGGGCAAGGUGUGCGGCGCGUACUUCGUGGAGUGGGGCGUGUACCCGCGCAAGUUCCCCGUCGACAAGGUCCCCGUGCCCAACCUCACCCACAUGCUGUACGGCUUCAUCCCCAUCUGCGGUGGCGACGGCAUCAACGACAGCCUCAAGGAGAUCGACGGCAGCUUCCAGGCGCUGCAGCGCUCCUGCAGCGGCCGGGAGGACUUCAAGGUGUCCAUUCACGACCCCUGGGCGGCGCUGCAGAAGCCGCAGAAGGGCCUGUCGAGUUGGAACGAGCCCUACAAAGGCAACUUCGGCCAGCUGAUGAUGCUGAAGCAGAGGAGACCUGACCUGAAGAUUCUGCCCUCCGUCGGCGGCUGGACCCUCGCUGACCCGUUCUUCUUUUUCGACGACAAGCAGAAGAGGGACCGCUUCGUCGCGUCCGUGAAGGAAUUCCUGCAGACGUGGAAAUUCUUCGACGGGGUGGACAUCGACUGGGAGUUCCCCGGCGGCAAGGGCGCGAACCCCCACCUCGGCAGCCCCAAGGACGGCGAGACGUACGUGACGCUGAUGCGGGAGCUGCGCGAGAUGCUGGACGAGCUGGGCGCGGAGACCGGCCGCAAAUACGAGCUGACCUCCGCCAUCAGCGCCGGCUGGGACAAGAUCCAGGUCAUCGACUACAACAAGGCCCAAAACUACAUGGACCACAUCUUCCUCAUGAGCUACGACUUCAAGGGCGCCUGGUCCAACGACACGCUCGGCCACCAGACGCCGCUGUACGCGCCCGCCUGGCGGCCCAAGGAGACCUACACCUCGGACUUCGGCGUGCAGUACCUGCUCGCCCAGGGCGUCAACCCCAGGAAGAUCGUCGUCGGCGUCGCGAUGUACGGCCGCGGCUGGACCGGCGUUCACAACUACACCGACGACAAUCCCUUUACGGGUAUCGCGACCGGCCCCUGCAAGGGCACGUGGCAGGACGGGGUGGUAGAUUACCGAGAGAUCGCGACCGAGAUCGCGCAGGGCAAGUGGGAGUUCCACUACGACAGCGUCGCGCAGGCACCGUACGUGUUCCGCAAGGCGACGGGCGACCUGGUGACGUACGACAACCCUCGCUCCGUCAUCGAGAAGGGCAAGUACGUACGGAACAACAAGCUGGGCGGCCUCUUCGCCUGGGAGAUCGACGCCGACAACGGGGACCUGCUCAACGCCAUGAACAUGGGGCUCGGGAACAGCCCCGCUUGAAUAAUGGUCUCAGGGCUCUCUGGACGCUUCCGAAGGGGCUCCUAAGUCUUAAGACAUAGUCUCAACGCUUCUUAGGCGACUGCUAAGUCUUAAUACAUGGUCUCAUGACAGUUUCAGCCUUUAAGGGGCACUUAAAUCUUAAGACGUAGUCUCCACGCUUCUCAAGAGACUUCUAAGGGUUAAUACAUGGUCUCUUGACCAAUCGAAGCCUUUUAAGGGGUUCCUAAGGUUUAGACAUGGUCUCAGGCCAUCUCAAUGGCUUCUCAAGUCUUCGGACCUCCUAAGGACCGUUCGAGAGCCCUCGUAGUUAUAUUUCAAUAAAGACUGGUUAUUGUA